AAAUAAACAAGCAGGUAGUAUUUCUCCUAACUCCAAGGAGCCUUGUCCUCUCCACCCAACAUUAUGCUUUGUCUGGUACUUCUGGCGGCGGCGGUGGCGGCGGUGGCGGCCUCGCCCACCGUCCCUCUGGCGGCCAAGGCGAUGUACAACCCGCAACUCUUCCAGGGUGACAUCAAGGGCAUCGCUGGACAGGAGCCUGGGCACGAGAGGGCGGCCAUCCUGGGGUCGCAGUACCUGUGGCCUGGCGGCGUGGUGCCCUACGUCUUCGGCAGGUCCAUCGUCACUUGGCAGAGGGACAUCAUUAUUUAUGGCAUGAAUGAUAUCCACGCCAAGACCUGUGUCAGGUUCGUCGAGAGAACCACUGAGAGCGACUACAUCGAGAUUGUCUCCAACGACAGCGGGUGCUGGUCCUACGUGGGCAAGAUCGGAGGCAUGCAGCGAGUCUCUCUUGACGUCAACGGCUGCAUCUACGUGGGCACGGUCAUCCAUGAGCUGAUGCACGCCAUCGGCUUCUACCACGAACACUGCCGCAACGACCGCGACAACUACGUCACCAUUCACUACGAAAACGUCAUGCCAGGGUACGCCUACGCCUUCGACAAGGACACCAACUGGCAGUACGUGGGCGAGGGCUACAACUACGCCAGCAUCAUGCACUACGGGGGGUACUCCUUCUCCGUGAACUGGGGCGUGCUGGAGACCAUCGUGCCCAUGGAUCCCAACGUGGUGCUCCAUGAGCCCUGGGAGAAGUACGAGAUGGAGCACACUGACGCCAACCAGAUCAACAACUUGUACGCCACAGAGUGUGCGCGGCGCCACUAAGCGAGCCGCCGAAACAUGAAGCUGGUGCGCAUCUCCUCCUCACCUUUUCACAAACCAUUUUCUUACGCCUAUGUUAUGUUUCCUUUCUUUUUUUCUUACAAAGUUGAAAAAGAUGGCAAAAGUUUUCCUGCAUAAUCGAUGCACUUGAGAUUGGCAACGCGGAGGAAGAGUCGCGCCCAGUGAACCCAUCACCAGCACCUGCUGAGCAAGACGCGGAGCAGCUUAGACUGUUGGAUCUGGACCAUUACGCAUUUUGAAAUGCUUCGGACUCUCAUAAGAACCAUUUCCAAAAGCCAUGUAUACGAUACAUUCAGUUCAUAUGACUUUAACCCAUUAAUGGCGUUGAAUAUUGGUUAGAUUAACACGCAGUUAUGAAAACACCCUUGAGAAUCCCAGUAAUUUCCACUGGAGCAUGUUAGAAGUGGCUGAGAUAAGACGCAAGGAUGUUUGAGAGUACGUUCCCUUGUCACGACGAACGCACCAUUAAGCACAACAAAGCGGCAAUGAGCAACUACAAGAGACACGAGGCGCGCAGAGAGUUACUUUGCUUGAGAUACACUGUUGUCCGUUCAAAUUACAAAAGCGAAUUUGCACUGAGAAACCACUCAACAAGGAAGAUGGUUGGUAAAGGACUCGGCACACUUGCGGAUGGACGCCUCUAUAGUCCAUUCAAAUUACGAAGUUACACUCUGCUCACUCACACCUGAUUGACUGUUGAUGACGUGAUGAAGUAUAUCAGUGAGACGUACCAAGUAUUCGUGGCUGAGAUGUUUCAGUGACUUCCAUUAUUAAAAACACACUAAAUUCAACAGGAUUUAGUGAGAAAGAGUCCAGUUCGCGCCAAGUCGCUGAGGGAGAGGGAGCCAUUCAAAACACGUGACACAUUCAAGCCACAGGGAUGAGAACUUCAAUUUAUUUAGUGCAACAUUUAAUUCCUUCACGUAUAAAAGUUACCGUAGAAGUUUUUAUUUUUUUUGUUAUGUAAUUUUUUGUCCUCGAAUGUGAAUGAACUGUGUAGGAAAUAAUGAAAGUAAGUAUAUAUUUAUUUCACAAUCUUGGCGUGAGCAGUGGGGAACGUGUGAUAAACAAUACAGCUAUUCACGUUU